AACCAUCAUCAGUAAUGGUUCACGCCUCAACCUCGUAACCUAUUUUUGUUUAAUCUCUAUUGGGCGGUGAAUUUGCAGGAUAUACCGGGAAAGCGCGCCAUCCUGAAGAGAUGGAAAUAAAGAUUACCAGUGGAGAUGAUUUUGAUUAGUUGUGAUAAUUUACUUAAUUGAACUAUACUCUAUAGUACUUUCGCCUUUUACUGGCAUUAACCCUUCUAGUCAACCACAGAAACAGUGCGUACAAAUAGGGCAUGUUACCAGUCCCUAUACGGUUGGGGGUUGACUCGAUGCACACUUAUUUUUAUCUGAGCAAAUACUGUACUUUACAUCAAUCAAGCGAGAUGAAGCUGUCCUUUAGUUCUCUGGUGAUCACCGCUGGCAUCUUCGGUAUCCUCAGUUUCGCGUUCCUGGCUACAGCGAUCGGGAGCGACUACUGGUACAUUAUUGAGGUGAACAGAACCAACCGGACCGAUACAGACGUUUCGGAUUCCCAUUCCGGAUUGUGGAUAACUUAUGAAGGUCAGAAGGUGUAUUCUUACACAUUUAACUCCCCCAACUAUUCUGAACCUGAGAUGCACAUGUUGAACAUGCACAGUGCGAUUGUGGUCCUAUUGCCUCUAAGCCUGGUCCUGCUGGUGUUCGGAGGCAUCUGUGGAUUGAUCAGUUCCCUGGCCCGGAGCCCCACCCUCCUCACUGGCACUGCCUCCUAUCUCAUCCUCUGCAGUGUUCUGACCCUCUCUGGUGUCAGCCUGUACAUCAGUUACUCCCAACAGGCGAUGGCUGAGACUGAGAGGCUGGUGGGGGCUGAGCGUUUGGCCCAGGUGGUCAGCACCUCUUUCGGCUGGUCCCUCGGCCUGGCCUGGCUCUCCUUCUGCCUGGAGGUCCUCGCUGGCCUGCUGCUGCUGCUAGCUGCCCGCCUAGCCACCCUGCAGCACGGACCACAAGGCCACGGCUGGCCUCUCCAUGUUGUAACCUAACCCAAGAGGCAGAUGUCACAAGAACUGGAUAACCAACUGGCCCUGAACUGUACCUUCAAUUUUCUAAUGAUUUGUAUGUGCUCGUAUCUGGCACCACAAAUCUGGCACCAAAAAUUGUUCUUUAAGUAUUAUUUUUUUCAUCCAAAAUGCCAUGUGGUUUAGUCUAUAGGCAAAACAGUUGAGACUUAGUGCCAUCUUUUGGUGUGAUAAGUCACUACAUUUCAAUUGACAAAUGCCCCCAAAUACCAAAUUGUAUUAUUGUGGUCCUAUAGGAUGAGAAAUUAAACGUACUAGAACUACAGGCCUCAACCACAAGUCACUCUGAAUGGCUGUUAGCGGUCAAGGGGUUUCAUUUUAGAACUUGGGCAAGUGAAGGGCUAUAGGAAAGAAGUAUGUAUCAUGAGUGGAUGUACUCAAAGCAAAAGCCAUAGUAGAAAUGCUCAGAGCAGACUGAGGGUGCAUCUCAAGUGAAUCUUUAGCCAGAUGUAGCAGUGGUAUCAGCGGAGCCUUGUCUGGCAGAAAAACAGUUCAUUCAGACUCAUUUACUGCCUGUUUAAAAAAAAAACAUAUCUGACAUGGCUGACUUGCCUAAACAAAGGUGGUUUCUACUGACAAUUGAGAUGUACAAACUAUGGCAUUAGGGAGUGAUGAGUGGAAAAGAGGCAAUCCGUAAUUCUCAUUAAGAAAUUAGGAGAGUAAAUGACUUGGCGUUACCUUAGAUUGUAAACUGUCAUAGUCAAAACAUAUCGAUUCAAUGGUUGUAAAGAUGGGGAGAGAUCUGGCCGUAAUAAAGAGAUGCUCUGAUUGUUUUGACACCACACU